AAAGAGUUUGUCAGAGAUGAGCAAAGGAUCAGAACUUCUUCAAGAUUCAAACAACUUUAUUGAUCCCAAGAAGGACAAUUCAUUUGCAGUGUACCCAGUCCAUACACACAACUUCAAAACUCACAGCCAAGGCGGUUAUGUCAGAAGCAACAUAAUGGAUAACAUGGAUUUUCUACAUCAAACAGUAACCAUGGAUCUCCUCACACCCCGCACACCUUCUAUCACUUCUCUACGGGAUAUUCCUGUGUCCAUCUUUCAACACCUUAGAUGUUCCAUUUGCUUUGAUAUCCUGCAAAAGCCUGUCACUACCUCCUGUGGUCACACCUUCUGCAAGAAAUGCCUGGAUCGCCACAUAACCUUCAAUGACAUAGUCUGCCCAUUAUGCAAGCAACAUCUAAAGUUAAAACCAAAUGUAAACAUUGCGUUUGAAGAUAUUCUGGAUGCUUUCCAUCAAGCCCAGAAGCCAAGUAAAGAUGAGUUCACUGGACAGCCUGGGGACAUCCCUUGUGACAUCUGUCCUGAUAGUCGCAAGUAUAAAGCAGUCAAGUCUUGUCUGAUGUGCUUGUUGUCAUACUGCAAUAAACAUCUUAAAAGGCAUGACAAUAAGUUACGUUCCAAAGGGCAUAAGCUGGUGAAGCCUCUGAAUGAGCUGGAUCAGUGGGCCUGCAUGUCCCACGGCAGGCCUCUGGAGCUCUAUUCAAUCAGCGAGGAGAAGUUAAUCUGUAGUCUCUGUGUGCAAGAAGGGAUACAUGUGGUGUCUGUGGAGGAAGAAAAAGGGAGAAGGCAGGUGACUCUAGGCACUGUUAUAAGUGAGAAGAAACAUCAAAUGCAGCAGGGAGAGGAGAAAGUGAAGGAGUUGGACAACGCUGCAAAAAGCUGCCUGGCUCUGAUUGAGCAGGAGACAAAGGAAAUUCAAAAGGUUUUCAAUGCCAUAAAGAAAGCAGUUCAGAAGGCAGAGGACAAGGCACUAAAACCUUUAGAAGACCGGAAGAAACAAGUGGAGCAGCAGGCGGAGGAGCUGAAAAGGGACUUGCAGAAAACGAUGACCACAUUGAAUAACACCAUCUCAGAGCUACAAACACUGAUAGAUGAAGAAGACCCUGUUUUCUUCCUACAGAGUUAUCCCUCUGUCACUAUGGCAGAUAAUUACAAUGACUGGACUUCUGUCUUCUUGGAUACUGAGUUGAGCUUUGGCACAGUAAGGAGCAUGGAGGUGACCAUGAUGGCCAAUAUUAAGGAUGAGUUUGAGAAACUCUCCAGAAUUGAAACUGCAAGGAUUAAGAAAUUUGGAGUGGAUGUGACUCUGGAUCCAGAAACUGCUAAUGCACAACUCCUAGUUUCUGAAGACAUGAGAGAGGUGUGCUGUAGCUCUGUAGAGAAAAAGGAUGCACCUGAUUGCCCUGAAAGGUUCGAUUUAUUCGGCAGCAUUUUAGGGAAGAACUGGCUGACCGAAGGCAGGGCUUUCUGGGUAGUGGAGGUUGGGAACAAACGAGGCUGGGAUAUUGGGGUGGCAAGAGAGGAAGCCGACAGGAAGGGUCCACUCUCCCUCAAACCAAGCCAAGGAUACUGGGUCAUUGUUCAUUAUAAUGGAGACAAUUAUGCAGCUCUGGAAGACCCUCCCACCCUGCUGUCUCUUUCAAAUGAACCCCGUAAGAUAGGAGUGUUUGUUGAUUACAGUGAGAAGUUGGUCUCCUUCUAUGACAUGGAAGCAGAAACUCACAUUUACUCAUUUAUUGACUGUGCAUUUGGGGAAGUGAUUAGGCCCUAUUUUAGCCCUCACCUUAACCAGGAUAAACCGUUGGUCAUCUGCCCUGUCAAUCCCAGUGAAUAGCAUCUCUAUUUAAUGGGAAAGGUAAUCUUUGAGCAACUGUAAAUCCAAAGCUAUGCCACACAAUGAAUUUCAUAGCCCCUUAUGCAAGAACAGUGAAUGGCAUAUUCACGAUCAUACACUGUUUUAAGACAUUUAUGAAACAAAACAUUUCAUUAUGAGGGCUUUUAACUUUAAUUCUGUAUAUUAUUAUGAUUUUACUGGCAAUUUAAAUAUAUGCAAUCCAUUUGAUACUGCAUCACUAGGACUGGUUACUUGCAGAUAAAGGGGUCACAAGCUCUUGUAUGGUUAUUAAAGUCACUUUAUAAUCCUAAGGCAACUAAAAUGGCUGCUACUGUAGUGCAGUAGUGAAAUGUCAAUGAUUUAUACCACAUAAUGAAAGAAUUCAUUGACUUAUCCAUGUUAAGCUAGAAUUUUUAGGUCGGUCACUAAACUAGUAAAUUAGAUUUUGCAUAUUUAUGGUGAAUUUGCUAAUA